CUCUUGCAUCUUAAAGAUCUUGUAUAUUUUUUUACUCGAUCUCCGUAGUGUACAGUACGUUGAAGAAGUUUAAUUCCGCGAGCUAGCUGUACGAUUACAUUAGUGCGGGACAAUGCGAGGGUCAACCAACCAUCUACCCGAUUUACUUCUUUCCGCUGAUGCUUAAAUUGUUUUCGUAAUAAACACUUAUUUAGCUUUUAUCAAAGCAAUUACGCUUGAGUGCUGCCGCCCCCGUAUUUACUGUUAUUGAGGCGCAGCCCCAUUCUUAUCAACACUGCUGGAGACCGGUAUAAGACCCAUUUUUCCCGACAACAUUGUCUGGUCUGCGCCAUAAUGUGGAAAAUAAAGACUGUGGAAAUAAAGUUGGGACUAGCUUUUUGUUUAUCCCUUUUUGUCGUAACCAAUUCUCUCGGGACGUUCCUCGGUCGGCAAAGAGUCCUCGCCAGGCAGAGAAGAGCCGCUCAGACCAAAUGGUCACCACAAGUCUACUCACCACCGGCAGGCGCCGCCGCACAGAACUACGCCAGCUCACAAUCUACCAAUUCCGCUAGCGCUCGCAAUUAUCUGCCGACCAAUGCUAAUGCUCAACAAACGGCACAAGCUCCUUACAUUCCACAAGUGCCGUUUAACCAACAACAAUAUCCUUCAUAUUCCCAAUACCCUACAGCGACACAAUCCCAGUAUGCAGCAGCGUAUCCCGCUAAUCAAGCUGCGUAUGCCCAAUACGCUACGCCCAAGAAUUCGGCAUACAGCACAGCCGGUCAAACAUCCGCUUACAAUGCAGGGCAAGCGGCAACAUAUAACAAUCCCUAUGCGAAUUACAAUGCGGCAGCCAUGAGCCAAAAUCCAACGAAUACAUACCAAACUGUUCCACAGCAACAGUUGACCAACACAGGGUACGGGAAUUCAUACAAUCUUCCUGCAUCCGGUCAGCAAGCGAACUAUUACCCUGCUGGAAACAACAUGCAGAAUAUGAACGGCUACAACGCUGGGUACAACCAACAGGCAGCAGCGAACAUGUUUAAUGCUGCAAAUAUCAACGCGAAUAAGUACAAAAAUCCUAACGUGAACAGCGCAUAUCCAUCGGUGCAAAGCAGUUUCGCUAAGAACCAGUACGCUCAACCGGGGUCUCCUGAAUAUGCACGACAGAAUUUCGCCCUGUAUCAGGAUCCCCUGCGCACACCGAUGCAAUACAAUUACAAGGACAAUAACAACGCGAACGGGUACAAUCAGUAUAAUAACCAACGCUACCAAAACAAUGCGUACAACGGAGGCGGCGGAUAUGGGCAAGGUCGAUCUGGUCAGUCACCGCCCAUGGUAACGCCACCCCCACAACAGACAGCGCAGCAGUAUGAAUUGAGCGAGUUCUGCAAAAAACCCGAUCGCGAACCGAAAUGCCGAAAGAAUGCGUUUGGAAUGUGCGAUUACCAGGAUAAUUAUCCAUCGGAAGUGGCUACCGAAUUCUUCGCCUAUUACAAGUCGCGAAUCACGGCUAUGACAACGGAUUUCGACUAUUCCAACAGCGACCAAUAUGAUACAGGCUUCGCUACCCAACAAAAUAAAUUGAUCGACUUUGUGCACGACAUAUUUUCGGAUAAUGAAUACGGAAACCUGCCCGGUGUACCACCGGAAAAGAAAGGACUUUGUGUUGGUGUUUCUGACACUAUUCAACCUGGUUGGGCUAGGACAGCCCAUGGAAAAUAUUACGUUAUAAUGAAUAGUAACAACGUCAAACAAACCAUACGAGCUGAAGUCUGCAAGAACGUUGGGAAGGGAUGUCAGACUGUUCCUAAAUGCUAUAAAAGCGAAUGCCGGCAACGUUAUCGUUUUGAUACUCUGUUGGUGUUUGAUCCGUGUGAUGCUAAACGAGCUCCAAUGCUGGAACUGUUCAAAAUUCCCGAUGGAUGCGAAUGCUUUGUAAUUGUGGAGGAACCUGAUUUGAUACCGGCGGAUUUGCCAACACAGCCAACAUCUUCUACAUUCAAACACCAGAAUUUGACUCCUACCGGAGAUUUCAGCAGUUCCUCAAAGACCACCGAAGCAACUGCUGCAACGUCGGGGUUGGGCACAACCACGACAGUCGCACAUCUACCUAAUAAUUCCACCACAGCGAGUUCAGUGCUCACUACAAAACAAACUUUAAUUUUAUCACCAAGGUGAUGGCAUCUUCCUGAUGAAAGCAGUAUUAUUCGUUAUCAUUUGCCUGGGAUUUGGAUGUCAAGCAUCGCCAAGUUUUGUGCUGUAUAGUGUUGUGCAUAUGUGCAGCAAGCACCUUGCAUAAUAAUUACAAUGUGUUCUCAAUCUGGCAUGUUGAGGGGAAAAGAAAAAAUGGCGUUUGUAACGACAGUAUCACGGUCUGCUUGUAAUGAUUUGAUAAUACCGGUAUUUGUUCCACUCUUGCAGUUGAUGUACUCGGAAAUUAUAAAAAAGUACGGUUGUGUAUACGAUUAUGCAAGAAAAACUUGACAGUAA